AUGUCCUCUGCAUUGCAUAUUCAUAUUGGAGGGGCUGGUGUAAUGAUUGGUGAUAUGUUGUGGAAACUGUAUGAAGCAGAGCACAAUGAAACAACUCAAAAAAAUUAUAUUUAUGAAUAAGUUGAUGGGAAUCAUCAUCCACAUGCAUUUUUCGUUGAUUUAGAUGACAGAAUGAUACAUGAAAUUUAAAGGAAUACAUAGGUACAAUUUAAGAAGAACUCAUUUUUAUCAGCAAAAAAUGUAGAGGAUGGAUUAACUUAUGCUCGAGGUCGAUAUGGUCCUGGUUUAAUGAUUCGUGAUUAAGCAUUAUAAUCUAUUAGAUAAUAAAUAGAAGCGAUGGAUCGGUUAGAUGAAUUCGUUAUUACAAGUUCAAUAAGUGGAGGAACUGGGUCAGGAUUUUUUUCUUUGUUAUCGGAAAGAUUAUAUGUUGAUUUUGGUAAAGUAAGAUAAAAUGGAUUUAUAAUAUUCCCAUCUUCUGAAAUGUCGAAUAAUGCUAUUGGGAUUUAUAAUGCUGUGUUAUCGUUUAAUGCUAUGAAUUAUUAUUUUGACAGUAUCACAAUGUUUGAUAAUUAGUCUAUGUACAAUGUUAUUGAUCAUCAACUAAAUUUAGAUUUUGUUGAUUAUAAGCAUUUAAAUAAUUUGGUUGCUCAAGUAAUUAGUUCAUACACUGGAUUAAAAAGAUUUAACUCUUGUGAUAACCUUAAGUUUUUUUAAGAUGUGUGUCCUUAUCCAGAUAUACAUUAUUUAAUUCCAUCAUAUGGUAAACUGACUUUAAUAAAUGAUUACAAGAGAAAAGAAUUAGAUCAAGGAUAAUUCAUUAAAUAUAUCACAAAAAAAGAGUAAAGACUUUAUCAAUGUCCUUAAAAUCGUCGAUCUCUCUCUACUAACUUAUUACUGAGAUAAAAAGAAUUGAAUAAUUUUUAUGGUAAAUUCAAUAGUACACUAAAAAAUCUAGAUCAUGAAUUUGGUUAAAGUACACACAUUUUUUAAUGUACAUCCUCAAAUUACUAAGUAUUACCUGAACUUGCACAAAUGAAACAAACUGGAACCUUCUUCUCUAAUGAUGGUUCAAUUUAUAGUAGACUUAAACUAUUGGCCUAAUAGUAUGAUAAAAUAUUUGAAAGACGAGCUUUUAUGUUUUGGUAUGUUGGCGAAGGAAUGGAAGCCAAAGAGUUAGAUGAAGGAAUAGAGUAAGUAAAACAGUCAAUGCUUAAUUAUAAAGAGGUUGUAUGGAAUAGGGAUUUUAAUUCGCAAGAUGAGACUUACGAUGAUGAAUAUUGA